AUGCCUGUCACGACGCAAAUACAACCCGUCUCUACCGACCGUCUCAUCUACCGCUCUUCCAUCUCAUUCGACACUGCCGAAAACCGCAUCCGAUCCUCGAUCCAAAAAUCCUCUACCUCCGGUUGGUACACGUCCCAAAACCCAAACCCAAACUCUCGCCCCAUGGACAGAGAGUCCUUCGAGGCCUCCAUCAACUCGCAGAUCGGUCCGCAUGGAUUCAUGUAUUUCAACGAAUACAACCACGGGAGUUGGCUGCCUUUUUACGCGCCACCAACGUCCGCCGUCACUACACCGGAUGGCGAGACGAAGAAUCUGCGUUGUAUACGCUUCAUUCUCGGCAACCCACUGAUUGCGAUUACAAUGCUGCGCCACGACAUCGACGCUGGGCUGUCUGUGCCCGUCGAAGCGUACCUAGUCGAAGAGCCUGAAACAAGCGUGAAAAUCAUCUGGUACCAGCCUAGUGGGUUGGUUGCGGGCUACGAAGGAGCCAAAUCGGAAUUGGUGGACGCAGCAAGAGCGUUGGAUGCAAAACUGGAGGCGUUGAUUAGGUGGGUGUUGAGAGAGGAAGAAGAUGAGGGUUCUUUCACAGAGAAGCUGUAA